CAACGUGCAACUCUUUAUUUACUUCAGAAACUAAAAUCAUAAAUAAUCGUGAAAAAUUUGGAUCGUAAAUCGUGAUCAAGCUUCCAUUUCUUCUCUUUUCUUUCAGGUAAUUUUAUCUGGAUAGUUGCUAUUAUGGGUGAAUUUUCAAUUCAGAUUAGUUCCGAACUUGUUAAUAGGCUUUCCAAUGAUAAUGACAAGUUAAAAAAGAAACCUCGAAAAACUAAACCUAAGAUACCACGAGAACCCGCUCAUCCCCAACCUAAGGUGAAUGAGAAGCAGCUUCACGAUGAUCCUCAACCACACAAACUAGCUCCUUCUCCGGUAUGGCCAGUUCAAUCUCCAGUAUUUUUGCCAGUACCUCCACAAUCUGCAAAUGGAGAAUUAGAAGCAAUCAGAUCUGUUAUUCGGGAAAGUGAAAGCGUUCUUGAAAAGUUGCAGAAGCAGGAGGAUAGCAUGGCGAAAGAAGUAACGGAAAGAGCCAAGGAUCUCCGUGAUAAGGAAUUUAAGCUUCCAUAUCAGAAGCCUAUGCCUUGUUUAGCUGAUUAUGAUGCUUGUCGGGCAUGUUACAAGGAAAAUGCUAAUGAUAUACUGAAAUGUUCCCCUCUGACUAGAAGCUACUACGAUUGUGUUCACAGAGCUAAGCGACAAGUCAAUGCGGCAGAUAAGUAGACACUUAUGAGGGGAGAAUUUUCCGAGUGAUAUACAUGAUUCCGACCUAGUAGUUAGUCUGAGAGAUAAGGGAGUUUCAUUUUUGCAGUGCAAAUAAACUAAACACUGAUUCUCAUUGCUGUUGUUCUGAGUAUAUGAUCUGUUCUUUUUGAUGUCA